AUGACAUUGUAACUUUAGAUGAUGGAGAAAGCACAGAGGAUGAAGUUGAAGUUGGAUGGAUCAAUGACCAAAUUGAAAAUGAUGCGGAACAGCUUUUUUCAGUUUUAAUAAAAAAUAUGAAAAAAUUUAAACCUUCUAAACGUCCAUUAAAUAGACAAACAAUUUACCAAAUGUUAUCAAUUAGUGAUUAUGUUAGUUAUUGUAAUAAUCCUAAAUGUAAUUCUAAUGACAGCUCUAAUGAUAAUUUUUAUAGUGGUUCUUAUAAUGGUUCUGGUGGUGAUUCUGAUGGUGAUUCUUAUAAUAGUUCUGGUGGUGAUUUUGAUGGUGAUUUCAGUGUUCCUAGUAACAGUUAUGAUGGUAAUCUUGAUCAUGAUUUUAAUUCCGAUUUUAAUAAGACAGAUAUAUUUAUAAGAUAUACUAUGGCUAUUGAAAAUAAAUUGAAGAUUGAAGAUAAGCAUUUAACUCCAGGACAUAAGUUGCGACUUAAAGCUGUCCAGUAUUAUCUACAACUUCUUGACAAAGGAUAUGCAAAGUUAGAAGCAAGUCAAAUCAUUGCAGAUCUUUUUAAUCGAGGAAAAUGGUUUUCUCAUUGUGUUAAAAGUUGGUUUAAAGCAUUUAUUAAUUAUAAUGAUGUUCCUAAAAUUAAUCAUGGCAAACAUUUUAAAGGUAGCAGCAUUAUUGAUGAUGAAAAUGUUCAAUUAAAGGUUGCAGUAUAUUUACGACAACACAAAUUUGAUAUAACUGUUAAUAAUUUUCGUGAUUAUGUUACAAAUGAGAUUUACCUUUCAUUGGCAUAG